GGGGGGGCUUGGGAUUUACAAACUUCCGUUUCCUGUGAAGAGAGUUUGGGUAGUGCGAGAAAAUAAUGGCAAAGAGAACUAAGAAGGUUGGAAUCACCGGUAAAUAUGGAACCCGGUAUGGUGCCUCAUUGCGAAAAAUGGUUAAAAAGAUGGAAAUAACCCAGCAUUCCAAGUACACGUGCACAUUUUGUGGGAAGGAUGCCAUGAAACGUACCUGUGUUGGCAUCUGGGCAUGCAAGAGGUGUAAGCGUACCGUGGCUGGUGGUGCAUGGGUGUACAGCACAACAGCAGCGGCGUCUGUGAGGUCAGCUGUACGGCGUCUUCGUGAAGUCAAGGAACAAUAACCUUAUUGUAAAAUAAUAAAUAAAAAGUACCUAUUUAUUA